UGCUCGAAUCGCCUACCAACAGGGUCUCUGUAAACAAUUCGGUCAGUUUCCGUGCGAGUGUCGCGAACGCAAUGUACACCGCGUCAGUUGAAGUGGCAUUAGUUUUAUUAUUUUCCUGUGUUAAUUCACGAAACCGUGCUAAAACUUCGAAGAAGUUUCCUAGUUCGUGUUAUUCUAAAUAAUGCUCGUUCUGGUGUUUGGUUUCUUUCUUUGUGUUAUCUAAAUGUGGAUGUGUUUAAACCCUAGUGAUGAAGUGGCGAUAUGGUACUUGAUCGCCAUUUAUCGGACCUUUAUAUUAGACCAUCGUGGCUGAAUGCUGCCUUAGCGCUAAAUCAGAUUGAAAAGGGCAAAGCCGUUGGGCAACCCCACGUCCUCUCGUUCAAAGCUAAGCUACAAGCUCAGCUUUUUGAUCUGGGAUGUGAUAUACAAAAACAUGCAGGAAAAGUCCUGUUCGUAGCGAUUCUGGUCUUGGCCUCCUUUUGCGUGGGCCUCAAAUCCGCCGUUGUUCAGACCAGAGUCGACCAGCUUUGGAUUGAAGAAGGCGGACGUCUAGAGCAGGAACUGAACUACACCAAAAAGCAACUCGGAGAGGCUGUUGGUAACACGUACCAACUCCUCAUUCAAACCCCGCAGGACCAUUGGGGUUCUGUUCUGCACCCAAAUGCCUUGCUGACACAUUUGAAAAUGUUGGAAGCAGCAGCUAGCGUCACUGUUUACACGGCAGACGAAGCGUGGCGACUGAAAGACAUCUGUUACGCUCAGAGUAUGCCAAAUUUUGGCGAACAUUAUAUUAAUAAAAUUUUUGAAAUUGUUAUUCCUUGUGCCAUUAGUACACCAUUGGAUUGUUUUUGGGAAGGUUCGAAGUUACUAGGCCCUCCAGUUCCAGUCACGAUACCUGGACUCAGCGAAAAUGUGAGCUGGACAAAUUUAAAUCCCACCGAAUUAGUCAACAAAGCUAGAUCUUUUUCCGAUGGAUUUCCGAUCGGAGUUCUAGAGGAUCUUAUGAAAAGGGCGGGAAUAACGACGGGGUAUCAAGAGAAACCUUGUAUCAACCCCAGGGAUCCUGAAUGCCCCAUGACCGCGCCAAACAAAUUUUCCAGUCAGCCUCCGGAUAUAGGUGCUGAAUUAACUGGAGGGUGCUAUGGUUUUGCUGCAAAGCACAUGCAUUGGCCAGAAGAACUAAUAAUCGGAGGUAUCAGCAAAAAUAAAAGCGGCUACAUCAACAAGGCCCGCGCUCUUCAGUCGGUAGUGGAGCUGAUGGGCGAAAGAGAUUUGUAUGAUUUUUGGUUCGAUUCUGCAAAAACACAACAUCUCGAGUGGAGUCAACAGAAAGCAGCCAUGGUGCUUGAAUUGUGGCAGAAAAAAUUUUCCGAGGAAGUUAAGAAGAUUAUGGCUGAAGUUGACUUGACUGGUCCUUAUGCAUUUUUCUCAUUCUCAACGGCAACGUUAAAUGAAAUUCUUGGGCAAUUCACAGAGUUUAACAUUAUCAAAGUUGCGAUAGGAUACCUAGUCAUGCUUUUUUAUGCAGGAUUUUCGUUAUUAAAAUGGGUUGACCCAGUGAAAUCCCAGUGUGGGGUUGGCAUGCUUGGCGUUCUUUUAGUAUCUGGAACAAUAGCUGCUGGUCUCGGCUUUUGUGCUGUUUUCGGAAUUGUUUUCAAUGCGUCAACUACUCAGAUUGUUCCUUUUGUGGCGCUAGGACUUGGAGUUCAAGACAUUUUUUUACUAACACAAACAUAUGCGGAGCAGUCAGCUCGAGAAGCUCCUCCUGAAGAACAAACCGGACUAGUCCUGAAGAAAACUGGUGUGAGCAUCAUCCUAUCAUCGCUAUGCAAUGUUCUCGCCUUUUUCUGUGCAGCCAUCAUUCCGAUUCCUGCAUUGAGAAUACUUUCGCUUCAAGCUGCUAUUCUCUUGCUCUUCAAUCUAGUUUCCAUGAUUCUAGUGUUUCCGGCCAUUGUCAGUUUAGAUCUUAGGCGCCGAAGGUCGGGCCGAGUAGAUCUUUUGUGCUGUUGUUGUUGUUUCCCAACUGGUGAUGGCAACUGGCCAUGCAUGGAUGUGCCUCCUCUUGCCGUAAAGAAGCCAGCUGUAGUCACAGAAAAAUUACAGUCAAUUACAAGAGCACUACCGCCAGACAGGCAACAGACUGUCACUGUUUUAGCCCCUCAGAAUUCACAAGAAUGCUGGGUUGGAUCUACCAAAGAAUUACUCUCUAAGAAUUGUGCUAAAGUACAGUUAGAUCUUAAUAAAACCAUUGAAAUGGAUCGAUACUUUAUGCAAAGUUGGUCCUGGAAAUACAUUGCCUUGCGCUACGCACCUCUCUUGACAAAAUCCUUUGUCAGAGUCAUGUCCAUGUUCUUCCUAAUUACUGUGCUGAUAGCCAGUAUAUGGGGUAUAACAAAAGUUAAAGACGGCCUGGAUCUCACCGAUGUCGUUCCUCAAGGAACUGACGAAUAUUUUUUCCUUGAGGCCCAAAGUAAAUUUUUUGGUUUCUACAACAUGUACGCUGUCACUAAAGGUGACUUCGAAUACCCUACAAAUCAAAAACUUCUUUAUGAAUAUCACGAAGCGUUCAUGCAGGUUCCUAACAUUUUGAAGAACGACAAUGGUGGACUGCCAGAUUUUUGGUUGUCCAAUUUUAGAGACUGGCUCCUUGAUCUACAAGCAGCAUUCGAGGAUGAUUGGAAAAAUGGCUGCAUCAAUCAAGAAAAGUGGUUUUCAAACGCCACAGAAAAAGGCGUCCUGGCCUACAGACUAUUAGUGCAAACAGGACAUGUCGACAAUCCUGUCGACAAAUCACUGGUUACAACUACGAAACUAGUCAACAAAGAAGGUUACAUAAACCCGAAGGCCUUUUAUAAUUAUCUAUCAGCGUGGGCAUGGAAUGAUCCGUUGUCUUAUCAAGCAUCUCAAGGAAAUCUGAGGCCAAUACCAAAAGAGUGGACACAUUACAAAAAUGUUCUUGAUUUGAAAAUCCCCAAAUCAGCUCCUUUAAGUUACACGCAGCUACCAUUCUACUUAUCAGGUCUCAAAGACACUGGCACUAUCAAUUCAGUCAUUUCGCAUGUAAGGAGCAUUUGCGAAACAUUCAAGCAAAGGAGUCUUCCGAACUUUCCCUCAGGAAUUCCAUUCGUGUUUUGGGAGCAGUAUCAAAAUCUACGCCUGUAUCUUGCUGUAGCUUUACUGGUUGCUCUAUUUCUUAUCUUCAUCUUAGUCACAAUUUUGUUGCUCAAUAUUUGGGCAGCAGCGCUUGUUGCAUUCAUGCUUAUAGCCAUGGUGUUGCAAAUGCUUGGCCUCAUGGGAUUCAUGGGAGUUAAGCUCAGCGCUAUUCCUGCCGUCUUGCUCAUCGUAGCACUAGGAGUUGGCGUUAAUUUUACUGUUCAUAUUUGUUUGAGUUUUAUGACUUGUAUUGGAAGUCGCGAGCGUAGAACGAGGCUAGCUGUUGAGCACAUGUUACCAGCUGUAGUUCACGGUGGUUUGACGACUGUAUUAAGUGUAGCGACUUUAGCUGUUAGUGAUUUUGACUUUAUUGUUAGGUACUUUUUCUUUUCUGUAAUUGCUUUAGUUGGUAUUGGACUAGUCAAUGGCUUAGUAUUCUUCCCAGUGCUGUUAUCUUUAAUUGGACCACCAGCAGAGGUCAUUCCUCUGGAGCAUCCCGAUAGGAUGUCAACACCCUCACCAGAGCCUGUGAAGAAAAUUAGGCACGUCAAGUGUCGGACUGCUCCGCCGCCGAGGAGGCACUCCUCGAGGGAACACAAAGAGCAGCCGCAAAAUAUGAUGAAAGAACCUUCAUUGACCACGAUCACAGAGGAACCUGGCUCGUGGCAUUCACAAACGCAUGAGACCAUUUUCGUGCAGCCAGAAGUGGUUGUUGAAAUAACAACAUGCACUCAUCAUCAUGUUGUAACGAAAGUCAAUGGUGUGGGAGAAACAACAGUGACCUCGACCACAAACACGACAACAAGCUGAGGUAGAAACUCAUUUUCAAAUUGCUAACGUUUAAAUUAAAUUUGAUUAAUUUUAAAAAAUUAAUUUUGUUUUCUUAUGGACUGUAACACAAUAUCUGGACCGGUGUUUCUUUAACGUUAUUUUAUGUUGUUCCUUGCCCUGUAUUUUGCACAUACAUUCUCUCAGGUAUAAGUUUCCUAAGAAAUUCUUUAAUUUCAAAAAAAAUUAUUUGCAGUAUAAUUCUUUUUAAAAGAAACUUACAAGUAAAAUUUCCAAUGCUCGGCAGUAGAAGCAAAUGAUUGCCAAUGUUACUUGAUGAUACUUACUAAGUUACCUUUCUCUUAUUUUCAUUGAAAAAUAAGUUUUAUCCCAACAAUCACUCUCAAGUUAAGUUUGGAAACAAUCCCGGGACUUCAGAAAUUGCUUAUAUAAAUAUAUACAUCUAUUUAUUCUUUAAAUUUGUGCCAUCUACAAUCUGAAAGAAUUUAUAAGUUGGAUUUUCUUCAAAGAAGUUCAUGAUAUUGAUAAAGUAAUUAAUAAACCCGGUCGGAGCCUUUAUUCGUGUAACGGAGCUUAAGUUAUCAUGUUUCACAUUGGGAGAAACUUGUGCAGAAUGCUAGUUUUUCCUUUCGAAAUGUCAAAUUUUACUGUUUCCAAUUUCUGAGAUACCCGUGAUAAAACAGUAUAUUGUGUCUACUUUUUGAAAACCUCUUAUUUUUUAAAAUACUUAGUCAUGAGAUGAUUCUAAUGUUAUUUAUUUAUAUUGUUUUUUUAUAAAAAAAAAAAAAAUAGGUUUUGUAAUUUAUUUUGAUCCCCAAUGAAGAUGGGAAUGUACAUCAAACAUUUUUUAAUUUAGUAAUUAAUUUGUAAAUUUUGUAUAUUUUGUCAAAAUAGUUUUAUUAUGUUGAAAGAAAGAAAUUUUUGAUUUAUCAUUUGUAUAUCUUGUAAAUAUUGUAUAGUAAAUUUUAUCUAAAUAUUUUUUAUAAAUCGCUGUAUUGCGACCAAAAAAAGAAAAAGAAAAAGGAAGAAAAUUGUGUACUUUGAGUAAAUUCCUAAAAUUAUUUGGUCCACCGUAUCAAUGCAUUAUCAAAGAACUAUGAAUUGUGAUUUAAGUUAAGUCAGUACUUAUGUUGCAAGUCACUCUGCAGGGUGGCCAAAAAGUGGGAAACAGGAAAUUUCGAAACAACUUCAAAAAUCGGGGAAAUUAAACAAUUAAGUCUUAAGUCUGAAGAAGUUGAACAAUUUGAAUGCGAACAUACAAGCAGUAACCAUUAAAACAAUUGGCUGGUUCAUCAUUGUUUUUUGUUUAGGACGUUGUUUUAUUAAAAGCUUUUUCAUAUAGUCAUUAUCCUUGCUAUUAUUAGCGUACAACGCACAGCGCAAAGGGCAAGAGUGAGAAAAUUUUUAGAUAAUUAAAGAUUUAAUUUUUUCUUUAAGUAUGAGACUUUUUCAUGACAGGUUAGGGAAAAGUUAGGGAAUUCUAAGAUCUAAAACUUUUGGCCACCCUGGUUCUUGUAGCUUGGAUAAGCUGUGGCAAACCACAAAAUCAAGAACAAUAAACAAAAUUCUAAUACUUUUCAUUUUGUGCCACAAACAACUUAUUGUUAGCAAAAUGUAUGCAUUUAGCACAUCAGGUCGUAUGUGCAAAAAUUACUAAGGUUAGUUACAGAACAUUUGACCCAUUGUAAUGCUUUCACUCAUAAGAGCACUAACAAGAGUUUGUUUUUCUUCUCUUGUUUGACAAUUCUCAACAGGAUAUUUUAGUUAGUUAUUUGAGACAAUUUAAGAGGCCUUUUUUGCAAUGACUUAUCCAGUGUACUUGGGUGUAUUUUAACAAAAUUUAAAUUGUUACUAGAUUUAUUUUUUAAAAAUGGAAAAAUGCUAAUGGAAACUCGGAAAGAUCUUAAAUUUGUAUUUUUACUGAGAUCUUUUACUUAAGUUAAGCAACAACAGGCUUUUAUUUUCCUUUACAUUAGAGUAGGGAGAAAGAAAGAAAAAAUACUACAGGAAAUCCGUUACUUUGGUUAGCUUGAAGUUCCUUAGGGGACUGGAAAAUUGAUCAGAUAAAUUGAAGGCUUACUGCAACCAAUCACUGACUUUCAUAUUGUUUCCUAAGAAUUUUGCUUGCACCAUUUAGUUAUGCAUUCAAGUGCAUAGACUUGCUCUCACCACCAAAUUAUGUUAAAAAACACAUAAGUGAACAUACAUACAUGCUUUACUGGUUCACAUACAAACAUAUAUUCUGACUUUAAAGCCAAAUGCUUUCAAGAAAAAAGGCGCCUAGCAUUAUCCUAAUGUCAUUAAGACAUUUACGUGUAGCUAAAAUUCUUUCCCAGUUGACUGUUGAAAUCACAACUGAAAAUUUAAAAGAAAAUGACCAGUCUAAAAGAAAUGAUGGUUUACUGCUUUUAUUUCUGUCAGAAACCCUCAAAUUAAAUUUUUUUAACAGAAACCCCUUUUUGAGCACUCCCUUGGGUUAUAUAAGAUAAAAGUUCUUAUUCUCAAAUUAGCUGUAAAUAUCUAAACCAAAUAUUAUUUAGAGAUAAAAAUAGGAUUGACUGGCCGAUUUUAAAACCCUUUUCUGCGAUAAACGAGUUUCCUUGUUUGAAAUCAUAAUUUCCUUACUUAUCAUGUUCUAUUAUGUAAAGAAAAAGGUUUUAAGCAAAAUCUCCUCUGGGAGUGAAAUUUUGCUCUUUUUGAAACUUCGUGAAGCUUGCCAAGUAAUGGAGUCGAUUUGAAUAUUGACCUGAGGGGUUUUUUUUUUGCCUGUUUUAAUUUCUUGCCCAGCGCAAAUCGCAAAAUUCAUUCACACUUUUUUCAUCCUUUUGUUCUUCUAUCUCUUAGGAACUGAUACUUUCAGUUUUAAAGUUUUGAUUUUGUGUGCACUUGAAUUUCAUUCUUAAGGUUCUCCAGUCAAUUUUCCUAAGAUAUAAAUAGAAGACUGUUUGCUCCCUUUAAAUACACAGGAGAAGUUUAUAUUUUCCCUUAAGUCGACGUUUGUGUCGGAGAUCCUUUCUGCAGGAAUGAUGGUUAUUCCUCACACAGUUCAUUAACUCUUUUUUUAUGAGGAAUCUGCAUUACAAGUUCCUAUAAAAAGUCAUCAUUAUUUAUUUAUCUUAUCUUGCUCAUUGUACUUUCCUUUGUUAUUCUGUGUUAUAAUUAAGUCCAGUUUUAACCUGAAUUCUUCCUCUUUUUAUACAUAAAGUUUUAUCUAUUCCUAAGUUUGUCCACUGCAUGACAUUGCCACUGCCUCUUGUCCUCAAGAGCUCUUGAUGCCAGUGUUUGUUGAAUAAAAAUGUACUUAAUGAAAGAGUGUUGCCUUCUACCCACCCCACCCCAUGUGGAGCCUCCCUGUACAAUCUACUGAUGGGCUGUGAAAACUAUUCCAAAAAGAGAAAAAAAGAACCCAUAAAAAAUCAUUUAGCUCAGAAGAAUGAAACAAACUUCUGUGAUUGACAGCUAUUUUAAACUGUUUCCGCCUACUUACUGUCAUCUGUCAUGCCUCACGUAUAGAUCGCCAUGAAAAAUCCUUACCCUUUAUUCUGAAGUGUUUCAGAAGACUAUUUUUCUUAGAAAUCCCAAUGAUCAUCUCAAGCUCAACAAUUUAUUGACAAAUCGCAUGGUAUUGUGUUAUUUUAAUGAAAUAAUGUCAAAAAAAUCAUGCACUUUAAAAUCACUUUUAAAAAAUUAUAGACUGUAAGUGGAAAUCGCAGAUUUGUUCUAUCCUAAUCAGUGAUGGCGAUUUUCGAUUUUUCCUCAAAACCAAGUUUCAAAUUUUGAUCGACCCCCAAAAAAUGUGAUUUCCUCGAUUUGUAGGAUCGAAUUGAUGAAAAAAAUCCCUAGUAUACUGUUGUUCCCCUGGACCGGCAUUCGACAAAAAUUGUUUGGUUUUAAUUGUGUAUCAAUUGGAAUGGGCCUGUUUUAACUUUUGCUAGAGCAAAAAUAUAAAUAAGGGUUCUUUCUAUCAGUAAAUGUCUCAAAAAUCACGAUGUUGAGUGUUAUGUAGUAUCCUAGUGCUUAAAGGUUGGAUAGAACAACACCUCUAACAAAACGUUCAUCUGUGCCGCAGUAUCGUUUUUAAGUCAGAAGCUCAUAAAAACCCAAAUUUCUAACGCAGCUUGUGAAAUUAGGAGUGCAUUUCAAAUCUUGCCCAUGCGCUCAUCAAAAUUUUUGAGACAUUUACUGAUAGAAACAACUCUCAUUAUCACUCUGGCAAAAGUUUGCAACAGGCCCAUUGUUAGUCGGUUCAAGAAAUCGAUUCAGAUAUCCAAUAGACCUUUGAAAAUUAAUUCAGUUUCUCUUAAUUUUUUAAUAAAAAAAAUUGUAUUUUAAAUCGCCAUCACCAUUCCUUAUGCUAAUGUUACCUGUAACUGAAAUAUUCAUGCAUAUAAGGCAUCAGUCUUUUGAAUCAAUACUGGUAUGAGGAGCUUGCUCAAUUAUUUAUUUCUUCUUUAUUAUCGCUGUUAUAUAGUAACCUUUAUUGGCCAUUUAAUUUCAUGAUGUACAUUGUUUUUACAUAUUCUCCAACAAGUCCAAUCCUGUAAAUCUGGUUUUUCUCAAUGUGUGAAUGCUUGCAUUUUUCUCUUGAUUCCCAAUCAUUGCAGUUUCCUGCAAUGGGAGAGACAGUAUGGAAUUUUAUGAGAGAAGAACUAAGUGACCCCUGGGGUCGAAUUUCAGCUGAAUCUUUUGUCCCUGUUCGCUUUUUUUUUCUUUUUUUCUUUUCCUCUAGAUAGUUUUUGGAUUAACUUACCUCCAGUUCUAUUGCAUUUCUAAUUUUGGAAGACCAAAUUUUUUACUGGUAUCGAAAGUGCACAAGCUUCCAUUACUUUUUUCUCUAUAAUUUUGUUUAAAAAUCUCUCAAAUUGGACUCUCUUCAACGUUUUUGUACAUAUUCUCAUAUCAACAUUGUUUUAAUCGAGCAUUGAGCUAAAUUUUUGACUGCAUAGAAAUUAUCUACAGGAACAUAAAGGUAAAAGCAAACUUGCUCAAGAGAGAGGUUUUUUGUUUUUGUAUUUUUGUAGGUCCUAACUGAAUGUUUUCUGAUGUAAUUUUGUAGAUAUGAAAAUACAAUUUGAGAUAAUUUUAGCUAACCUUCUCUCUCUUUUGGAGCAUGAAUUUGAAAACUAGUGUACAUCAGUAGCUAAGGCUUCGGUUGAGGCGCUCAGGUUUAUCAAUGUGCCCAAAUAUUUGUGUUUGGCAAUCUUCUUUACAUAUCACUUGUUUCUUUGUGAAGAAACGACUUCCAAUUUUGGAUGAAUUAAUUAUUGGUAGGCCAGUGGAUUCACUUUUUCUAAUCGUUUUAAAUUGUGAAUUAAAUCUGUUGCCAAAUCAUGACAAAUGUAUACCGGUUUUACCUUUCAUCUGUUAUCAAGACUGUAAAUUAUUUGUUUUAACAGUGAUUCAUAUUUUAAUAAAAUACCUUGAAAAGAUA